UUGCUGUUGUGUGGAGUGGUAGGAGGCCAGGAACUAGCUGCUUUCAGACAACUAGACAUGUCACCAGAUGACAUGUACAGUCUGGAACAGUACACCAACUUAACCCUUGACGAGAUUCUCACGGCAGCAAACGGAGGCAUGAACGUAUCGAUUCAGAAGAUGGUUGGACCAAAUGGCAUGUUCCUGGCUGAGUUAGACAUGCUGCUGACGGAAGAACAGUUUCGUAAUAUGUAUCAUCCGCCAGAAUAUGGAGAUAUCAAGACGAUGCCGUAUUUUGAACAGAAGAGAAAGAAACGAAAGGCAGUGAGACGAAUAGACUUAAGAUGGCCGAACGGAGAAGUACCGUUCUACCUGACUCCGGGCCAUUUCAAGGCGAAGGAGAGAUAUCUGAUUCGAGUUGCCAUGCGCGAAUGGGAGAAAUACACAUGUGUCCGUUUCCGGGAGGCAACGUCCGAUGACGACAAUUAUAUCCGGUUCCAAAACGGUGACGG